AUGCAAAUUAUCCGUAUUCUUUUAUCAGUGGCAGUUGCUUUUCUGGCUUUUGCUUCUAUAACUGAAGCUAUCUCAUGCAGCAAUCCUGGUCAAUAUGGUGGAAAAUCACUCUGCGAUCAUGCUGGUGGCUAUUGCGGUGAAUGUGUAAGUUUCGUAAAAAUUUGUACGGGUGAUCGACGCUCAACAAGCCAAUGGGUACGCGGUGCAAAGGUUCGUGGUGCCGGUAUUCCUUAUGGUACAGCUAUUGCUACAUUCCCUAAUGGCAAAUAUUCUGGUCAUGCUGCUAUUUAUACUGGACAAAAUGCUGAGGGUAUUCAAGUUUGGGAUCAGUGGGUUGGUCACGCAGUUUCAACACGUACUAUUCGUUGGAAUGGUAGUGGUAUUUCUAACAAUGGUGAUAGUUUUUAUGUCAUUAAUUAA